UCAGGACAAAAGAGCUUUUCUCUGAGAAUUAAGGAGCUUGAGUCUAUCUUCGAGCCUGCUUCUCUGCAUACCUCUGUGGUUUUUGUCUACAAAGAAAAGACCGAUGGACAGAGCAGACAGAGAGGAGUAAUAGGAGGGCCUGAAGAUACUGUCAAGAACAGGAAAAGAUGAAAAAAUGCAAUUUUUUUUAAGAGAAUGGAAGUUGGGGGUGGCAGCUGGCUGGAAGAAGUCAUUUCAAGAUAAAGAGGCAUUUCUUUUUAAUCGAGAAGGUGCAGAACAUUGUCAGGUGACAUGGGGAAGCGUGUGGCCAUCGUGGGGGCUGGUGUCAGCGGCCUGGCUGCCAUCCGCAGCUGCCUGGAGGAGGGCCUGGAGCCCACCUGCUUCGAGAGGGGUGAGGACGUCGGGGGGCUGUGGAGGUUCUCGGACCACGCAGAAGAGGGCAGGGCCAGCAUCUACCGCUCGGUCUUCACAAACUCUUCUAAAGAGAUGAUGUGUUUCCCGGACUUCCCAUUUCCUGACCACUUCCCCAACUUCAUGCACCACAGCCACCUCCAGGAAUAUAUCACUGCAUUUGCCAAGGAGAAGAACCUACUGAAAUACAUACAGUUUAAGACACUUGUAUCCAGUAUAACCAAGUGCCAUGAUUUCUCCGUCACCGGCCGGUGGGAUGUUACCACGGAGAAGGAUGGGAAGAAAGGAUCAGCCGUCUUCGAUGCUCUGAUGGUCUGCUCUGGACAUCACGUGUACCCCAGCUUGCCAAAAGAGUCCUUUCCUGGAAUAAAGCAUUUUAAAGGGAGUUGCUUCCAUAGCCGGGACUACAAGGAGCCAGGAGCUUUCGCGGGGAAGCGAGUCCUGGUGAUCGGCCUGGGGAACUCUGGCUGUGACAUUGCCACGGAGCUCAGCCACACGGCGGAGCAGGUCAUCAUCAGUUCCAGAAGUGGCUCCUGGGUGAUGAGCCGGGUCUGGGACGAUGGCUACCCGUGGGACAUGAUGUCCAUCACCCGAUUUGAAACCUUCCUCAAGAACACGUUACCCACGGCCAUCUCCAACUGGCUGUAUGUGAAGCAAAUGAACGCGAGAUUCAAGCAUGAGAACUACGGCCUGAUGCCUCUGAAUGGAGCCCUGAGGAAGGAGCCCGUCUUCAACGACGAGCUGCCGUCCCGCAUCCUGUGUGGCGCUGUGUCCGUCAGGCCCAACGUGAGGGAGUUCACAGAGACGGCCGCCGUGUUCGAGGACAGCACUGUGUUCGAGGGCAUCGACGCCGUCAUCUUUGCCACGGGCUACGAUUUUGCCUAUCCGUUCCUCGAUGACUCCAUCAUCAAGAGCGGGAACAACGAGGUCACCUUGUUCAAAGGCGUCUUCCCCCCCAACAUGGAGAAGCCCACCUUGGCUGUGAUUGGCUUUGUCCAGUCCCUUGGGGCUGCCAUCCCCACCGCUGACCUGCAGGCUCGCUGGGCUGCGAAGGUAAUAAAGGGAACUUGCACUUUGCCUUCUGUGAAAGACAUGAUGGCCAAUAUUGAUAAAACAAUGGAGAAAAAGUUCAAAUGGUUUGGCAGCAGCGAGACCAUCCAGACGGACUACAUCAGUUACAUGGACGAGCUCACCUCCUUCAUCGGGGCCAAGCCCAGCCUCCCAUGGUUGUUGCUCACAGAUCCCAGGCUGGCCCUGCAGUUCCUCUUUGGCCCCUGUAGCCCUUACCACUUCAGGCUGGUGGGGCCCGGCAAGUGGCCAGGAGCGAGAAACGCCAUCCUGAGCCAGUGGGACCGCACACUGGCGCCCAUGAGGACACGUGCCGUCGGGACCCCUUGGACGCCGGGCCUGCACGGCCACUCCACCAGGCUCCUGGCUGCUCUUCUGCUGGCUGGCGCUGCCCUCCUUGCGCUGACCGCAUUGGCAUUCCCUGCGGGAUUCUGAAAGUUACUGGCCUGCCUGAGAGGAACAUGGCUACUUAAAGAUUAAGACCUUCAGCCAGCUGCCCCCCCACUCCAGGCACACGUCAGUAGAGCAAGUGAUCCCCUGGCUUGUGGACGAUCCCCUUUGGGGGUCACGCCAUGAUACGAGGGUAGCACUGACCAUUGCUUUGUUGGUUCCAUGAACAUUUCGUGAUCAGAAACAUGCUCUUAUCUCUAACCUAAGCUACCCCUGAAACAUUUGAAAGUGAUUCCUUAUCUCCUUUAGACAGUGUGUGAAAGAUGGACUUUGCUCCGAACAAGAGCAGGCUGAGUGGAACGGUUAUAGUGGGUAUUCUCAGGGCCUGACAAACGAUGGGCAGGGUCCAGGGAGAGGCUGUCCAUCCUAUUCCAUUUCUGUUUUAGCCACGUCCUCCAGACCACACCUCCUGCUCCCCAGCCAGGAGCCACAGCAUGAGACCUGGUCUACAGGGAGCGUCAGCAAGAAGUGGCUCGUCUUA